UGUAUGCAUGCACCCGCCGCUCCGAAGGUGGCCUCAGAGACGGCCGGCGAUACGAUACGACUGCGGUUGCCGCGCCGGCGCCGCCGUCAGCCAUAUCUUUCUCCGGACGGCCGACAUCAGUGCUAUGAAGAUGCUAAAACGUAGAAGAAGCUUGAAGAUGAAUGAAAGUGUCGAUGAUCUCACAAGAAGUUCAAAGAAGAAUAAAAGAACUUAUCUGACAAGAAGCUCAACAAAGAACAAAAUAAUUCGCAAUGAAGGAGAGACAACUGAGUUACUGAUUUCAGGUGACUUGCAUCUGGAAUCAAGUCAAGUUGUCUGGAAUGAGCUCAGUGAACAAGUUGUAUCAAAGUUGUCUAAAAGUGGUCUCGCUUUCUCUAUCCAAUGGACGCAUGGUGUUAUUUACAUGCUCAGGCAUAGCUGUGAAACGCAAGAGGAACAUUACAAGGUUUGUGACUUCAGCAAGCUUGGUUAAAGCUUUAUUUAAAGAAAGAAAAUACCAUGAUAACUU